AUGGAAACUACGACACCUGCUUCAAUUAGUACACUACAUGAAUCUUCACCACCUUUUUUGUUAUAUCGUCGUUCAGAAGCCAGUGAUAUUCCUAAAAUAAGGCGGCUCAUUGAUGGUGGAGAAAACAGCAACCAAAGUCUAGCGCGAACAUUACAGCGACGAUAUGGAAACGACUAUGAUAUUGAGCAGCUGAUCCACUCAUCACCACUUUGUAUCGUCGCGACGGACAAAGCAGAUACGCAAGUGUUUGGGUUUAUUGCAUAUUCAUUUGUACCUCCAGCCUAUGUCACCACAAAACCUAUCCUUAAUGAAGAUGGAAAAUCACAAGAUAUCAGCAAAAUUUCAAUAGGCUCAUGGGAUUCUUGGCUUCAAACAAUAUAUUCUUUCAAAGAUGUUAAAGUUCACAAUACAGCAUUCAUUGCGUUUUUGUGUACUGAGCCAGACCAUUCAGUAGUGUUUUUAGAAACUGCUCUCACGACUGCAUUUCAAAUCAUGACAAAUGUCAAGUUUAUUUGCUACUUUCUUCCCGAUUCAUUGAUCCUUUUUCCGCCUUUAUCAUCACCAAGACAUCAGACUUUUCACCACUCUAAUGCAGACAAUACCAUUCCAGAUACGGUCGACACAGUGUCCAAACACUCUGCAAACACAAAAAUAGGCGAUCGUAUUGAUAGGCGUCGGCAUAGAACCAUGCACAAAGGAGCAAAAUAUUUUACCGAAAUUCCCAUUUUAAGCUCCAAUGUAGCAUUUUCCCUCCAUGUAUGUCACCGCCAAGAGCUUCUACCCACCUUUAGGGUCCGUAAAGCUCGCGUUGAAGAUUGUGACGAUCUUAUUCCCAUGCUACGUAAACAAAACCUGCUCAAGGAAAAGCACGUUGAUUACUUUCUUGCUGGAUUGGUGGAGUCUAAAUCUGAAGGUACAAAAACGCUUGUAGCUGAAGCUGAUGGUCAAAUUAUCGGGUUCAUGAGCAUCAAUCGUGAUUUUAAUCAAAAAAGACUGAUAAACUCGUAUGAGCUGGAAGUAUUUGAUGAUUUAAAAAAAGAUACCACGCCAUUUCAAACCAAGAGCGCUCUACAAACUCCAGAUUCAACUCAAACGGAAAACUUCAGCAACCAGAAUAUUAGUUCUUCUGACUAUUCGUUACAAUUACCAACGAAACAGACUGCUCAGCAAUCUGCAGAAACUAAAGAAGCAUCUUUAAAUGCAUUCUGUAUUGAUAUACUUUGUAUCGAACAUUACUAUGCAAGCUAUUCAGCUGAAUUUUUACGUGGCGCAUUUUUAAUGUUUAAAGCUCGAGAGUACUGUUUGAUUUCACUACCUCCCAACACGCCCGAGAUUAAGCUACUUGCACAAUUUUCCACAGUUCAAGCAAAAAAUGACAGCGUUUCACCGCAUAAUCUGUAUAUUGCCAAUCGAUUUGGACUUGGCGAUCUUGUUGAUGUGAGGACUGGGAAAACAAGUGAUCUUGUUCAUAUUAAUGCUCUCACACAAGGUCUUAAAAAUCAAUCCGAAAUUAUGAUGGCUAUUGAACAAAUCUUGAGACUAGGUGAAACUACGUUGGUAGUGUAUGUUGUAGAAAUACUGAGCCAGAUUGUUGGCGUAGUCGUAUUAAAAAUAUGUUUGGAUCCUCAGCAAAUCAUUGACCAGUAUCAAGUGGAGAUGUUUACAUCUUUAAAGCAGAGUCCCGUUAAUGGUAAACCCAUCAUAAUAGAGCAUAUGAUCAUCAACCCUUUAUUUGAAGUACAGUCCAGAUGGAUACUCCAAGAAAUUAUGCGACAGGCUGAGUGUCCGUGCCUGUUAUACUUGGUUGACACGACCAAGAAAACAGACUUUGCAACGCAGAGAUUGACUAAAUAUGAGCUUGUUCCUGUUAAGCGUAGAAGAAUGAUUCAGUAUCCAGAUAACUUAAGGGAUGGCAUACCUGUUCCUAGCCCACUUCCGUUCAACCUUCAAAUCAUUACACCAUCUAUUGUACUCGAACAGAGAAUCUCAAUCAAUAGUCGCAUCGUGGUGAUUGGUGAAUCCAAUGUGGGCAUAGCUUUUUUAGAAAAGCUGGUGUAUUCGACACAUUUGAAGUUCACGCAUUUGACGCUUAUUUCUACUCAAAAAAAAGGUUGGGAAGAAUUCAGUCAAUACUUUCCAACCGCUCGAUGCUACACUAAACUAGAACUAAAGCAGAUAGCACUAGAUUACUAUGUCCGGGUUGUUUACGAGCGUGCAAAAGAGCUUGAUCGUGAAUCAAAAUUGAUAAAACUAGGCAACGGUCAGAUGAUUCAAUACGAUUAUCUUGUACUUUGCCCAGGAUUGCAAUUUAAUGUGUCCAAACUGGAUGUAUCUUUGAGUGAGCUUGGGGGUGUAUUUUCCAUGAACAAAUCUAAUAUUGAAGAUAUUCAACGUGCCAUCAAACUGUUUAAUGCCGAGUUAGAGUCGCUUGCAGUUAUAUUUGGUCGCAGCGUACAGGCCUAUGCCACAGUGGAAAUGAUGUUAAAUUCUGGAGUGAGUCCGUCCAGGAUUGUGUUGGUUGACCCAACGAUUCCAUCCAAAGCCACAUGCUUCAACAAUCCUGCUGUUGAAAAGCGUGUAUUUGAUCACUUGGAAAAGAUUGGCGUAAAGCAUUACCAAGGAUAUCGUAUCUACAAAUGGGGAGUGAAUGAAACCACUGCGCCUAGAUCUAUUUCUGGGAUUGUGCUUUUAAAUCGCCAAACCAAUGACCCAAUUCGUCUUCCCAUGGUGGAUUUUCUACUGUAUGCAGACGAACGCAGUGUUGAUAAUGCCACGUUUAAACUUAUCAACGAAAGCAGCCUGGUCUUUGAUGGACGACUUGUGAUUGAUCAACAUUUUUUAACAAAUGAUCCUUUUAUUUUUGGUGCUGGAAGUGUUACCAAAUAUGCCAGUCGAUACAACACACACUGGUCGCAUAUUCAUUACGAUUCAAAAGAGAUUGGUACAAAGCUUGCCAACAUCGUUUUGCAGAUUUUUGAUCCGACAAUACAACCCCAAGAGUUGGUGGAUUAUGAGAAUUUGCCCGAGUUUAAGGAUGCCAAGAAAUGUGAAGCAAUGUUGCCCGGAUCAAACUACUACAUCACAUUUGAUCGACCGCAUUUGCCUGGGCAGCUUGAGUUGGAGCGCAAUAAUCCUGCUAGCUACGGACGAGAUUUGGUGAUUGAUACAGACAAGUUGGGAUACUUUAGCAUUCAUAUGGACACACAGGGAUAUAUCACCUCCAUCACAUACAUUGGCACCCAUUCAAUUCCCAUUGAAAACAUUUUGUGUUUAUAUGGCCUCCAUGAAAAAUACUUGAAUCGACUUGUUGCACGAUUUGAUGAAGGCAUUAUUACAGAUUUUGUAAAGUUUUUGAAUGAACCAUGGGCACUUCCAUUGUACCACGAUCGAUUCCCGCAGUUUGUACGGUCUUCACGCGAGGAAGGAAUGGCAGAACAAUCCGACGAAAUGAAGGCGAUUAUUGCACAGUUGGAGCAUCACGUACAAGUUUUCAAACAGUGCGAUGAGCAAGAACGAGCUGUGCUAUACAAACUGUUUGAUCAAUCUCCGGAUAGAAAAAAAUGGGAUGCCAAAGUAUUCGAGUUUAUGUUUGAUACUGGAGUAUUUCAUUCGUAUCCAUAAGUAGAUAAAUAAAGUUUUUUAGUAAAACAUGACAGCUGAACAA